AUGGACGUGGACGUGGACGUGGACGUGGACGUGGACGUGGACAUGGACGUGGACGUGGACAUGGACGUGGACGUGGACGUGGACGUGGACGUGGACGUGGACAUGGACGUGGACGUGGAGAUGGACGUGGAUAUGGACGUGGACGUGGACGUGGACGUGGACGUGGACGUGGACGUGGACGUGGUCGUGGACGUGGACGUGGACGUGGACGUGGACGUGGACGUGGACGUGGACAUGGACGUGGACGUGGACGUGGACGUGGACGUGGUCAUGGACGUGGACGUGGACGUGGACGUGGACGUGGUCCUCGACGUGGACGUGGACGUGGACGUGGACAUGGACGUGGACAUGGACGUGGACAUGGACGUGGACGUGGACAUGGACGUGGACAUGGACGUGGACGUGGACGGGGACGUAGACGUGGAGGACGUGGACGUGGACGUGGACGUGGAGGACGUGGACGUGGACGUGGAGGACUUGGACGUGGACAUGGACGUGGACGUGGACGUUGACAUGGACGUGGACGUGGACAUGGACGUGGACCUGGACGUGGACGUGGACGUGGACGUGGACGUGGACGUGAACGUGGACGUGGACGUGGACGUGGACCUGGACGUGGACGUGGACGUGGACGUGGACGUGGACGUGGACGUGGACAUGGACGUGGACGUGGACAUGGAGGUGGAGGUGGACGUGGACGUGGAGGUGGACAUGGACGUGGACAUGGACGUGGACGGAUGGACGUGGACGUGGACAUGGACGUGGACAUGGACGUGGACAUGGAUAUGGACGUGGACGUGGACGUGGACGUGGUCGUGGACGUGGUCGUGGACGUGGACGUGGACGUGGAUGUGGACGUGGACAUGGACGUGGACAUGGACGUGGACAUGGACUUGGACAUGGAGGUGGACGUGGAGUUGGACGUGGACAUGGAGGUGGACGUGGAGGUGGACGUGGACGUGGACGUGGACGUGGACGUGGACAUGGACGUGGACGUGGACGUGGACGUGGACAUGGACGUGGACGUGCCACGUGGACGUGGACGUGGACGUGGACGUGGACGUGGACGUGGACGUGGACGAGGACGUGGACGUGGACGUGGACGUGGACGUGGACGUGGACCUGGACGUGGACCUGGACGUGGACAUGGACGUGGACGUGGACGUGGACGUGGACGUGGACGUGGACGUGGACGUGAACGUGGACGUGGACGUGGACGUGGACGUGGUCGUGGACGUGGACGUGGACGUGGACGUGGACGUGGACGUGGACGUGGACGUGGACCUGGACGUGGACAUGGACGUGGACGUGGACGUGGACGUGGACGUGGACGUGAACGUGGACGUGGACGUGGACGUGGACCUGGACGUGGACGUGGACGUGGACGUGGACGUGGACGUGGACGUGGACAUGGACGUGGACGUGGACAUGGACGUGGAGGUGGACGUGGACGUGGAGGUGGACAUGGACGUGGACAUGGACGUGGACAUGGACGUGGACGUGGACGUGGACAUGGACGUGGACAUGGACAUGGACGUGGACAUGGACGUGGACGUGGACAUGGACGUGGACAUAGACAUGGACUAG